GCUCGCGGACAGUCGGCGCGCGGGCCGGGCCGGGCCGGCGCCUAGUCAGCGUAGCUCCUCGCGUCACCCUGAGCUCCGGGGGAUGCCCCCGGCGGGGCCCCCCCAUGGCCGCCGACGUCUUUAUGUGCUCCCCGCGCCGGCCCCGCAGCCGGGGCCGCGCGGUGCUGCUGAAGCCCCAGGUGCCGGAGGACGACGACGACUCGGACACGGAUGAGCCGUCUCCGCCGCCCGCCUCCGGCGCGGCCACCCCGGCCCGGGGCCACGCGAGCGCCGCGCCACAGCCGCCCCGGGCCGGGUCGGGCCGCGAGGAGCCUCCGCGCCGCCAGCAGAUCAUCCACAGCGGCCACUUCAUGGUGUCGUCGCCGCACCGCGAGCACCCGCCCAAGAAGGGCUACGAUUUCGACACGGUCAACAAGCAGACGUGCCAGACCUACAGCUUCGGCAAGACGAGCUCCUGCCACCUGUCCAUCGACGCUUCGCUCACCAAGCUCUUCGAGUGCAUGACCCUGGCCUACAGUGGGAAGUUGGUGUCUCCAAAGUGGAAGAAUUUCAAGGGCCUGAAGCUCCAGUGGAGAGACAAGAUCCGGCUCAACAACGCCAUCUGGCGGGCGUGGUACAUGCAGUAUUUGGAGAAGCGCAAGAACCCCGUGUGCCACUUUGUCACUCCGCUAGAUGGCUCCGUGGAGGUGGACGAGCACCGCCGGCCAGAGGCCAUCACCACGGAAGGGAAGUACUGGAAGAGCCGCAUCGAGAUCGUGAUCCGGGAGUAUCACAAGUGGAGAACCUACUUUAAGAAAAGGCUCCAGCAGCACAAGGAUGAGGAUCUCUCCAGCCUGGCCCAGGACGAUGACAUGCUUUACUGGCACAAACACAGGGACGGAUGGAAGACUCCGGUCCCCAUGGAGGAGGACACACUGCUGGACACAGACAUGCUCAUGUCAGAAUUUGCCGACACCCUCUUCUCCACGCUUUCUUCACACCCGCCAGUGGCCUGGCCCAACCCACGCGAAAUAGCACAUCUGGGAAAUGCAGACAUGAUUCAGCCGGGGCUGAUUCCUUUGCAGCCCAACCUGGACUUCAUGGACACUUUUGAGCCUUUCCAGGACCUCUUCUCUUCCAGCCGCUCCAUUUUUGGCCCCGUGCCGCCUACACCCGCCUCAGCACCUGCAGCAGAUCCCAACAGCCCGCCUGCGCAGGAGGCCAUCCUGCCAACCCCGGCUCUCCCCAGCGUGAGCCUCCCUGAUGGCUUCAUCGCCGCCCCUGUGGCCACUGCCCUGGACCCCAUGAGCGGGCAGGGCUGUGAACCCACCUCCCAGCCCGGAGACCCCUUUAUCCAGCCCACAGACUUGGGUCCCUCCGCGCCGCCGCUGAGUGUCCCCCAGCCUUACCUCCCUGUGUUCACCGUGCCCUUGCUGCCUCCCAGCCCCGCCCCAGCACCUCUUUCCCCCGCCUUGCCACUAGGCCCUCCUCCUGCCUCUGCCCUGAACUCCCCAACUGCACCCGCCUUCCUGCAGCCACAGAAGUUUGCUGGAGUCAGCAAGCCACCCUCCGUCAUCACCCACACGGCCUCUGCCACUCUCACCCACGAUGCCUCUGCCACCACCUUCAGCCAGAGCCCGGGCCUUAUCAUCACAACCCGCUAUCCCGCCCCCUCCACGUCGCCCUGUGGCCUGGCACUGUCGCCAGUCACCCGGCCUCCGACGGUUGGGCCUCCCCAACCCCGUCUAACUUUUGUGCACCCCAAGCCCGUAUCCUUGCCUGUAGGGAGGCCCAAGCAGCCCCCCAAAAUAGUGCCUGCUCCCAAGCCAGAGCCUCUGCCCGUGGUGUUGAAGAAUGCUUGCAUUGCCCCAGCUCCCUUUCCAGGACAGCCGCAGGCGGUGAUUAUGACAUCAGGUCCUCUGAAGAGAGAAGGGAUAUUGGCUUCUACCGGGUCGCAGUCCAACGUGGUCAUCACGCCUGCUGCCAUCGCCAGGGCUCCUGGAGUCACAGACUUCCACAGCGGCAUCCUGGUGACAGACCUCGGCCACGGCUCAGGCAGCCAGCCCACCCCCGUCUCGCGGCUCUUCUCUCCCAGUGCAGUGCAGGACUCCCUGGUGAAGGGCGAGCAGGUCCCACUGCACGGGGGCGUUCCUCAGGUCCCUGCCGCCGCCUCCAGUCGAGACUGCCCGAACUCAGGGCAGGCCUCUCCGUGUGCUUCAGAACACAGCCCCAGUCCUCAGUCUCCCCAGAACAACUGCUCAGGGAAAUCUGCAGACCCCAAAAAUGUGGCUGCUUUGAAGCAGAACCGGCAGAUGAAGCACAUUUCAGCUGAGCAGAAAAGGCGCUUCAACAUCAAGAUGGGCUUCGACACCCUGAACAGCUUGAUCUCUAAUAAUACCAAGCUGACCAGCCACGCCAUUACGCUGCAGAAGACCGUGGAGUACAUCACCAAGCUGCAGCAGGAGCGCAGCCAGAUGCAGGAGGAGGCCCGGCGGCUGCGGGAGGAAAUCGAGGAGCUGAACGCCACCAUCAUCUCCUGCCAGCAGCUGCUCCCUGCCACAGGCGUCCCCGUCACCCGGCGCCAGUGUGAUCACAUGAGAGACAUGUUUGAUGAAUAUGUGAAAAGCCGGACCCUGCAGAAUUGGAAGUUCUGGAUUUUCAGCGUCAUCAUCAAGCCGCUGUUUGAGUCUUUCAAGGGUGUGGUGUCCACCAGCAGCCUGGAGGAGCUGCACCGGACGGCGCUGUCCUGGCUGGACGAGCACUGCUCCCUGCCCAUCCUCAGGCCAACCGUGCUGAGCAGCCUGCGGCACCUGAGCACCACCACGUCCGUGCUGACGGACCCGUCCCAGCUGCCGCGGCAGGCGGCGGAGGCCGUCGCCAGGACUGGCAAGAGGUCCGGGGAGUCAUAGCGAAGCUAGCGGGCACGUGGCUGCGCGUGACGCUGUGGAGCCCCUGCCUGCCUGCGGGGAGGGGCCUGCGCCCCAGGCCUCUCCUGACGCAGAGCUUCAGGGCCUCUCUCCAACAGGGCCGCUCAGGACGCCGCGCUCAGGUCUGAGGCAGGUUCGGGUCCUGCCGCCAGCAAUAGCCCAGCUUUGGGAACCCCUUGCUGUGAACUCUGACUCAGCGACCUCAGUCACCAACCUCCGUGCACUCGGGGCAGCCCAGCCCAAGGGGAGUGCCGUUCCUGUCCUGUCCUGUCCUGCUGCCGGGAUGUCGGGGCUGCUGCGCCAGCGCCAAGGGCAGAAGGGGCAGGAGGAGGCAGCGCCUGCUCCCGCGAGUUAGGAGACGUGAGGGCCCUUCCCGGCUCCUGUCUUGAGACUUACAGACGUUCCUCCUGUCACAUCUUGGGCACUCGCUCACCCUGCCCGUGGGGCGGUUGGAAGGCAACCUUCCUCCCCCGACGCUGACCUUAUAGCUAGAUUGGGUGUCUGCUUAGGCUUUGCACGGGCGACUGCCUUCUCCCACUGCACGGGCUGCCAGGGAAACCCCGCAACACAGUGUGCAACACAGUGGGUGUGCAUGCACGCGGAGGAGAGCAGAAGCACACGGCGGAGCUGCUGCAGGCUUGGAGAGCCCCUCGGGCGGUGCUUCCAUCUCUUACGACUGCGUUCCACUUGGUGUCACAGCUGUGCUGAUGUGAGCGUCGCCUGGCGGGGGCUCGGUGUGGUCCCUUCUCCCUCGUUCUCCACCUGCGUCCCAGCCGCAGUCGGGCCAGCGGCAGUUUUGAUGGAUGCUGCUCACCCUUCGGGUGCAGCGAGCGUUUGAAAGCCCAGGCUCUGUGGUGCUGCUGUCGGCCUGGUCGCCUUGUCCGGAUUGCUUAGCCGGGAGCCCCAGACCGUGACAGUUCUCAGACCAAAGACGCCACCACGCCCAGCGUCUGCCCUGCCUUGUGUUUGGAGGCAGAAAUUGAAUGUUGCCAGCAGAAGUCCUCGGGGCUGUCUCUGGGCAUCUCCCAGGUCAGACAGUAAAGAAUUCCACCAGAUUCAAUCAGGUCGGGGGCAGCGGGCUGUUUCCCAACGUGGGAAUUGCGCUUGGAAGGGUUCGGGGGUCGUGGCAGGAGGGGCAGUUCUGCAAGGGCAGCUCCAGGUGGAAGGACGCUCUCUAACACUCAGGAAGCCCAGCCAAGGGUACCUUCUCGUUGCAAAUGUGCUUUUCACGUCCUGCUGUGAAGUUCAGAGGCCAGCAGGCUUCCCGUUCAACCCCUGUCCUCUCCACCCAGGCAGCACUGGGCAGGCCAGGGGUCCUGCUGGGCUAUGCAGAGCACAAGAGCCACAUGAAGGGGUACCAUGGGCCACCUGCGGAAGUUCGGAUCCCUUCCAAGGCUCCCACUAGUUCCUGGGGGCCUGUGGAAGGCGCCCCUGGGGGCAGCUAGCCCCACCUCAGCCUCGACUGACGAAGGAUGGAGGCGGGUCCUCUCCCUGUCCAGGCCAUGCCACCACGUCUGCCACAGGUCACAACCGGUCACCUGCUCUCUCGUCUGUGCUCCAGCCCCUCUGCCUCCCCAGAAAACGUGUUUACAGGCCUCCUGGAUCACUCUCCUGGGGGCGAGCACAAGAUGCGGCUGAGCCAGCCCUUAAUUUCCACUGGGAAGUGGGGCGAGAACUCGGCCUUCCCCCAGGAUGCACACAAAGUCACCCUUCAGAAGGGGAAGACCAGUGUGGUAAGAACUCCGCGAGGCUCGAAAGGGAAAAAGGAAAACCAGAGGCGAUCCCAGCUGUGAGGGCUCGUGGAGGGCCCAGCGUUCGGCCCGCCCCAGUUCCUGUGCCUUCGCCACCUGCGCAGGUGGCCGCAGAGCUCGGCCCUGUCACGACCUCUCCAAAAUCAGUAGCUUUCUCCCCACCCCUUGCUGGGAGUCUUUUUCUAAAAAACUCCUUGGGAUAUAAAAUUGGCCUCUUGCUUUGGCCUACCUCUCCCUCUCUCCCUUUUGCUGACUUAACGUUUGUGAUUCUGUUUUGUGAAAUAUUUAAGGCUGUUAGGACGUGUGAGGCUUUGACGGGUGUGUGCGUGCGUGCGUGUGUCCCAGCAGACAGUUAAGAUGGAUGUCUUGUUUAGAGUUACUUACUUAAAUCCAUUUCUCUCGGUGCUCACCAUUAUCACGGCUCUAGGGCCAUAAAGCUAUAUCUCUUCCUACAGACACAAUUGUUUCUUGCCCAGGAAGUUUUCUUGUUUUGGAAUCUUGCCUGAUAAGAUGGGAGCCCAGCUUUGUCCUGUGUCCCGGGGUCGCAGGCCGGGACGUGGGGACCCGGGCGCUCUGCCAGCCGCCUGCAAGGGUGGUUUACUGAUGUUCACUUUCCCCCUCCUGUCCCUGCUCCCGUAAAAGAAACUUCAAAAUGCUGACACUUUGGAGGAUAAGAAAACCAACCUGAAAAGAAAAGGGGAAAAAAAAAAGCCUGCGUGGCACAUACGUCUCUGAAAGUGUUUCUGUGAAAUCUUUCUGUGGCAUCAGCUCCCUUCCCACUGCCGGUCGCUCUUUGACGAUUAGUGGGAAAUGCAGGGAGACCGGGGCUUUCUCAAGUUGGCUGGCUCAUCCCUCCUCAGUCUCAGGCGGGUUACACACCAGCUGUCAUCCACCAGGGGCCCUCGUCGGGCCAGAGCUUUCCGGCGGGUUUUCACAACGCGGGAAGCAGGCCCUGCUUCAGAAGCCACUGUUGCUGUGAGCAUCGGGUCUCAUGCAGGAGGGACUGGACGAAGUCCCCGCUGUGGUGUCCCUGGGGCCUGCGCGGGAGGAGGGCUGCCCCAUGGCCCCCAACGUGUCCUCAUGCACCUGGCUCCCUCUGCUUCCUGUCCUGGUGACCUGACCCCACCUCCCCUUCCUAGAUAGAGGUCAGCCCUCAGGAGCUUUUUGCCCUGGCCGAUAGAAAUAGAAACUCAGAAACUUAGGGAACGUGGCGCUCCAAAGUGGUGCCCACCCCAGCCCCCUCUCAGCCUGGGUCUCUGCUCCUUGUGCCGGCUUUCAGCCUGUGUUGUGAGUCCCGAGGCUGCAGGCUUGUUGUCUUCAAGGUCACAGGUCUCACUGUGUCAGAGUGGAGCCGGGGCUGUCCCGGGGCCCAUCUGUGCGCAGCCUGCACACUUGCUCAGGGCGGAUCAGCCCGGCGCUGGAUGACCUGCCCCACAUCUGUUCUUUUAUCCCACCCGGACUCCCGGGGGGCAGACCUGGAACAUCGUCCCCACACCCCUCCCCUCCUGUGCGCACCUCGCUCCACCACGGUCUUCGUCCCACUGCCUGAGGCCCCCUAACAGCUGGGGUACGCCAUGGCUCUUCUGUCUGGGGGCAAGAGUCGCCUUUCCCUAGAGACACCCCGCUUCCACCCAGUGCUUUGCCACGGGUGAACCCUGCCCGCCGCUUGUCGGAGCAGCUCUGCAAAGUGCUUCCUUUGGUGGUCUCGCCGAGGAAGAGAGCCGGGGAGCCCCGAUGUGGGCGUGUGGGCAGCAGUGGGCCAUGGGUUUUGGCUUGGUGCCCCGAUGCCUCAAAUAUUAGAGGAUUUUCACCACAUCUGAGCACAGAGGACAGGAGAGCAAGGCUGGUGGGUACCAUUCAGUGGUUGCCAUGGCGGCGACCCGCUUGGUAGGCAGGUUUGGGGGACCUGAGGGGCUCCAGGCGCAGAGAGAAGCCACAGGACCCCAGGUGUGUCCGUGAGCAUCACCUGCCCUUUUCCUUUUCCUUCUGAAGGCUUGGCUUCCCCAGCUCACCACACGGGAACUUUUCCUGUUGAAUGUUGGCUUUGACUGGUGUGUGUGUGUGUGUGUGUGUGUGUGUGUGUGUGUGUGUGUUUACCUAAUGGGAUUUUUAUUUUUGUGGAAUUGGUUUUUAAUUAUGUAGCAGAAUUCACCUCCAACUCCCAGUCAGACUUUUGGUUCCAGAGUCAACCCUGGGCAUUGCUAAUUUGGAGAAUUCUCCACUGGGUUUCUGAACAGAGAUGUAUCGCUCUCAAGAGUUGAGGUUGUGGAGAGGGUUGGAAGAAACUGAAGUUUGAGACGAUUCUGUAGUUUUACCUCCUGCAGUUAAAGGUCAGAAGGGCUCGGCCAGGGAGGCUUGACCCCUGGGCAGUGCUUCUGGCAAGGGAGCCGGAGGCAGCCUCUCCCCGCCACACCUGCUGCUGCUUCGUCCCCAUCUGCUCACGCCGCUCCUCGUGCUGAUUUUGUAAUGCCACAGCCGAAACAGCACGUUCUUUUCCUUUUUGGGGUUUCGUUUUUUCUGUCGUGAGCUUCGGUGACUGUGUCAGGGCUCCUGAGGGAGACAGUCACCCCUCUUGGGCAGAAAGGCAAACCCCAAGAAGAGUCUUGCUCAUCGGGGGCUCCCUCAGGCCUGCGCCGGCCCUUCAUGCUCCACCUCGAGAAGCACGUUUCCACCAGCUGUGUUCAACACUACAAUGCAGUUUAAAAACUAUAUUUGCAUCCAAGACAAUAAAAAGCCGUAUUUUUUUUGAAAA